AUGGCGGUACAUUCAUACAGAAUCGGUGUCGAUGUGGGCGGCACAAAUACUGAUUGUGCUAUAAUCGACGUGACAGCUACUGACAAUCCAUCACGGGGUGUCUGCGCGUCCUGUAAAACCCCCACUACAACCGAUGUCACCUCCGGAAUAUAUACAGCUAUUGUCAAUGUGCUGGCAAAGUCACAGGUCAAUCGGAAAGAUGUUCAAAGUGUCUCCAUUGGGACGACACACUUUGUCAAUGCUGUCGUAGAAGCUGAUCCUCGUCGGCUUAGCAAAGUGGCCGUGAUCAGACUGUGUGGUCCAUUCACCAGAGCAAUUCCCCCUUUUGCAGACUUUCCUCAACGAUUACGAGAUAUCAUGGCGGGUCCGCUUUUUUAUCUUGAUGGGGGGCUCGAAAUAGACGGAAGAGAAAUCAGUGCCAUUUCUCCCAAGCAGAUUGAAGAUGCAGUCGCCCAAAUUAAGAAGGCUGGAAUCUCCACCGUCGCCCUUGUUGGCGUGUUUUCACCCCUAGACCACCAAGGAACUCAGGAGGAAGCUUGCAAGAAGAUAAUUCUCGAUUUGGAACCGUCUCUCUCAGUUGUCUGCUCAUCUAAGAUAGGAAACGUUGGUCUUUUAGAACGUGAGAACGCGACAAUACUGAAUGCUUCCAUAUUGAAUCUGGCUCGAAAGACCGUGCGUGCUUUUUGCAAGGCCAUGAAUGAUCUUCAAUUGCAUUGUACAUUAUUCUUGACGCAGAAUGAUGGUACUCUUACGGAUGCGGCCACCGCAGCCGAGCUACCAAUAAAAACGUUUGCCAGUGGACCAACAAACAGCUUGACGGGAGCUGCAUAUCUCGCCAAUCUGGAUCGUAGAAUGGGAAAUUCCGAUAUUGCUGCAGAUACUCAGAUCCUUGUCAUGGACAUCGGAGGAACUACAACCGAUGUUUGUGCCUUAUUGCCUUCUGGGUUCCCCCGAAAAGCGCCAAAUUUUGUUGAGGUUGGCGGAGUCAGGACGGCGUUUUCCAUUCCCGAGGUACUGUCCGUCGGUUUGGGUGGUGGCAGUCUCAUCCGAGUAGAUGAACUUUUGGGUACUGUCGCGGUUGGACCUGACUCAGUUGGCUACCGUCUUGGAAGUGAUGCUUUAGUAUUCGGCGGUGAUAUUAUGACAUCGACAGAUAUCGUAGCCGCGAGUGGCAGUGCAGAUAUUGGCGAUGUAUCCAAGGCUAAGCAUAUCCCUGACACAAUACUUGUCAAAGCACGAGCGGGGAUUAAGAAUAUACUGGAACGUACCAUCGAUGAUAUGAAGAUUUCCGACCUGCCUGUUACUCUCCUUCUUGUGGGUGGUGGCUCCAUUAUUUGUAUGGACUCUCUCGAUGGUGUAGCCAAAUGUAUCAUUCCACCUCACCAUGAUUCCGCUAAUGCUGUCGGAGCAGCAAUUGCUAAAGUUUCUGGUGAGGUGGAUGUCAUUGAAAUUCUUGAGAACAGAGAUGAGAGAGUUGUGGUAGAAGCAGCCAAGCAGCAAGCUAUCCAGGCUGCGAUUGCGCGUGGAGCUGACAAGAAUGAUGCUAAAGUUGUCGAAGUGGAGAAAAUCCCAUUGCAAUACGUCACUAACAAGGCUAUCAGGUUAGUAGUCAAGGCUGUCGGCAAAUUGAGCACAUCAAAUCUCGCAGCGAACUCCGUAUCAGAGCAGUCAGCGAACACGGAGUGGCUGUCAAAUGAUGACGCGCAGAUAUCGCAGCAGGAAACAGAAAGAGAUACAACUUCAGCGAUAUCUAAAGAUCAAACUUUAUUGUCGUCAACAAAAGAUUUCACUCCUAUUGAAUUCGUUUCAUACAGGCCGGAGGUAUUAAACAAUGUAUGGUAUCUCUCCGCCAUUGACCUGGAAUUCAUUGCCACUGGUACCGGAGUUCUCGGCACAGGAGGAGGAGGGUCUUCGUAUCUAGAGUACCUUCAGUGCCUUCACUGUCUGCGAUCCCCUGAGUCAAAAGGACGGAUGAGAGUUGUAGCACCCGAAUACAUGAAGGACACCGAUGUAUGUGUAUUUGGAUCCUGGUAUGGUGCACCAAGUGUCACAAGCGAACGACUCCCUACCGGAUCAGAAAUCAUGACGGCCAUUGAUUACUCAGUUCAGUUAUCAAAGCACUCUCACUUUGAGGCAGUAAUCGCCGAUGAGAUUGGUGGGGGCAAUGGCAUGUCGACAUUUCCAACCUCUAGCUUUUAUGAUAUCCCAGUCAUUGAUGGCGAUUUGAUGGGGCGAGCAUAUCCCACGAUGGAGCAUGGGAUACCGUAUGUUUACGGACAUCCGAUAACACCUUGCGUUAUAGCAGAUUCUAGGAAUAAUGUUGGCGUUGUGAUGAGUGCCGAAUCCAACAAUCGGGUUGAAGGGAUGCUGCGAUCCCAAUGUGUGAAUCUCGGUAUCAAAGCCGCCGUCGCCGCCGUUCCGUUGACCUGCGAUAUCAUCAAAGAGUAUUGCAUUCCGAAUACUGUAUCACAAACGUGGUAUAUUGGCCGAGCGAUUCAUCAAGCCCGGAGAUCCAAGACUAAUAUCGUAAAGUCGAUAUUUGAUAUCUCACCCGGAAGGUUACUAUUCAGCGGAAAAAUCAUCGAUGUUAAAAGAGACGUCAGCCGUGGAUACACAAUGGGUCAUUGUACUAUUGAACCCUUGACAGGAGAUGAAAUGGAAGACUUCAAUGAAAUCCAUUCGACAAAGGAAGAAAACGAGAAGCGCUGCAUAGUACUCCCAUUCCAAAACGAGUUCCUAUACGCAGCAUAUGUCGAAAAUUUAAUUAGUGCAGACGACUCAUCAAAACACGAUGUAAUUUGUUCGGUGCCGGAUCUUAUCUCGGUAUUGGGAGCCGACGGAGAGGCCCUUGGAACCCAGGAAUUGAGAUAUGGACUGAAGGUGGAUGUGAUUGCUAUGGCGGCGCAUCCGCUGUGGACAGCUGAUGAGAGAGGGUUGAGAGUUGGAGGACCUGAAGGGUUUGGUCUGGAUAUGGAGUUUAAAAGUUUGGGUCCUUAUCAAAAGCCGAGGAGUGUGAUCGAGGAGUUCAACACGAAUCUGCAGCCUUAG